AUGGUACUAUUAAUGUUCCAUGUUAUACUCUUACUUACGUUGUCUAACUUUCAUAUAACUAUUGCUAAUGUUGAAACAUUACAUUUUGAAAGUGCUUGUCUUCAACAAUCGAAUAUAGCUCAAUUAAAUCUUCGUUGUUCACAAUAUGAACAUAUACAAAUAAUUCGUGUUAUAUAUGGUUAUACAAAACAACCAUUAUUAAAAGAAUGUCAAUUUAGUAUAUAUGAUUGUAUACAAGAAGGUACAAGUCAUAAUAUACUUUCAUGUAAUGAUAAACAAACAUGUUUAAUAAAUUUAACAAAAAAUGAAAUGCUUUCAUCAGCCAUAAUAACAAAUGGUGUACCAAAUUGUCCCGAUUUUAAUUAUAUACAAGUUAAUUUUGGUUGUAUACCCGAUUCAAAAGAUAUAUGUGAUAAAUGGAAAGAUGAAGGACCAAUAAUUCAUAUAAGUCAUACAUAUUCAAAAGAUCGACAAUAUAAUCGUUGUCAUUGUAAAAUACGUUCAUCAAUAUCAAAUGGACAAGUUUUAUUACAUGCACGUGAAAUGAAUAGACAAUAUGGAAGUUUAAAAUCAUUAAUAUAUCCAAAAACAUCAAAUAUUGAUUGUAAAAAAACAACAUAUUUAGAAAUUGCAACAGAUCGUUCAGAAAGAAAAUGUAUGGAUAUGUUACCAUCAACAAGUAAUACGGCUUUAUUUGGUUCAGGUUCACAUAAUUUUACAUUAACAUAUGUUAAAAAUGAUCUUUUUUCGGAAUUAUUUUUUUAUUUUGAAUUAAAAGCAAGUCCUAUGAAAAACGAUCAUAAUGUACAAAUUAUAUGCAAUUGGAAAAGACGUGAAACAACAACAAUAACUACAACAUUAACAACAUCAAUAAUAACUACAACAAUACCAAUUAAAAAAGAACGAAAAAAAACAACAAUUGAAAUGCAAAAUGGAGGAAAACUAAGUCGAUUUGAUCUUAUGAGAUAUCGACCAGUAACUGAAAAAAUUCAUGAUGAUUAUAUAGAUGCUGAAGAUACUACGAAUGCUUUAAAUAAUGAAGAAGAACUAACUAAACAAGAAGACGUUGUAGAAGAAGAAGAAGGAGAAGAAGAAGAACACGAACAAGAGGAAGAACAAGAAGAAAAGCAAGAAGAAAUAUUAACGACUACUACUGCAAUAACAACAUCAAAAAUUAAAAAAACUAGAACUAGAAAAUCUUCUACAUCGACUAAUGAAACAAUAACGACAACAAAAACAACAUUAUCCGAUGAUGACGAAGAAUGGUUACGUAUCUUAUCACUUGCUGAUAUGGAAUCUCAAUCACCAUCAAAACAAUUAAUAUCAAUAAAUAAUCGAACAUUUGUUACUGUAACACAAGCUUCAAUUAUAAAUUUCGAUGAAAAAAAUCGUCAUACAUCAUCAUCAAAUGCACUUCUUAUUAUUCUUCUUGUUAUUAUUUGUUUAACAAUUUUUAUUCUUAUUAUUUAUUGUUUUAAAGUAAAACAACCUAAUUGUCUUCAACGUUUAAGAACGAAUACGAAUGUUGCAUUAUUAUUUUGUUGUGAAGCUGCUAAACUUUUAUUUUGUUCAUCGAAUGAUUCACGUCAUCAAUCAAGAUCAAUAUCAAAUACACCAACAACAACAACAAUUGGCAGUCGUCAUCAUCGUCGCCGCCAUCAUCAUCAUCAUCAGCAGCAGCAGCAGCAUCAUAAUCGACCUUCACCAUCCAUGCCUGAUUAUCAAUCAAGUGAAUACUAUAUGGAUGAAACAGGAAAUAAUUGUCGUGCAACACAAAGUAUAUAUGAUGGUGGUGGCAAGUCAAUUUAUAGUAUCGAUUAUGAUGAAGAAGAAACAGCAUAUACAACUAAAUAUGAUCGACAUAAUGACGGGGGCAACCGUAUGUCUCAAGAUUCAUUGACUAAUGGUGAACACAACGAUAAUAAAAAUAAUAUUCAUAAUACAAAUAAUAAAAAUGAACGACCUUCAUCAACAACAAAUACAACUAAUUCAAAAAUGAGUAGUCUUCGUUCGCUUCCACUUGAUGAACAUAUUAAAUUAGUUAAACAAAAAAAAGAAGAAGCUGAUGUAUUACGUUUACAAAAAGUUCAAGAACAAUUACGAAAAAAAGAACAAAAAUGGCAACAACAACAAGUUGAAAGAGUAAAAAAAUGGUUACAAUUACGUAAUCGUGAUUGUGAUCAUCGAUUACAAGUUGAAGAACGACGAAGAAAACGUGAAGAAGAAGCUAAAGCUAAAAUUGAUGAAUUAUUACGUCGUGAAAAAGAACGUGAACAAAAUUAUCAACAAAGAGUCAAUCAUAAUCUUAAAAUAAAUGUAGUACAGAAACCUGACUCUGUUAUGAGUAUGUCUACAGAUAUCAUUUCAACUCGACGAGCUAUUUCAGCAUCACGAUUACGUACAAAUCAUCAAGAUAUGCCAAAUCAACGAGCAUUGAAUGAUUCUCCUGAUGAUAAUUCAACUAUUAUCAUCAGUUCUCAUCAACUUAAUUCGAUUGACGAACAACCACAAGCUGAUCAUCAUUCAAAUGACGAGAGUUUAUUGUCAGGUACACAUCAUUCAUCGGUACGUAGUCAAACACGACCGAUGACAACAUCAUGUGUAUAUUGGCUAAAUACCGGUGAUAAUAAUAAUAAUAACGGGGCAAAUUUUAUGCGUUCGACAUACGCAGCAAAAUAUCGCUCACAUUAUAGUUAUAGUGUUGAACGAUGCCCUCGAGCUUUUAGAGCUCGAGAUGAAAUACUCAGUAGUGAACCUCAACAUCGAAUAUCACGUACUAAUCGACAACAAUUAAAUGAAAUUAUUCAGCGACUAGCUAAACCAAAAAAUAUUGCAAUGACUCAAUCCGUACAUAUUAGUGCAACAACAACAACAACAAUAACAACAACAACAUCAUCAUCAAAUGGUUUACCAUUAUCAAGAUCCAGUCAUCAACUUCGUUUACCAACUUCAGCAACAUCUACAACGUCUUCCAUUAGUCGAAGGCAUAUUCAUACUCGUCCUGCGACUGUUCCAACAUCAAAUACUGAAUCUCGAACAUCACCAACAGAUGAAUCAUCGAAUAAACAACCAAUACAUCGUUUAACAACACAUUCAAAAAUUUCAUCUAAUUCAACAAAACCACCAAUUACAUCUUCAUUUUCUCGUUCAAAACCACCUACACAACGUUCUAUAAUGACAACAUCAAAUUCUUCAUCUUCAAUUUCAUCUGCUACAACAUCAAAUAAACGUCGUAUUCCUGUAACAUCACCAACAAAAGCACUUAAAACAAUAACACCAGUACCAGCACCACUACCGCCAACAACUGACGAUCAAUUAAUAAUAAAUAAUAAUGAAGAAGAAGAAGAAGAAGAACAUAUACCGGUGAAUGAAGAACCGACAUCUUCUAAUGAACCGAUUAAUAAUGAUAUUAAUGAUGAAAAAUUAAAUUCAACUAAACGUGAACAACAACAAUUAAUUGAUGAACAAGAAUAUCAACGUAAAUUAAAUCAAAAAAUUCGUGAAGCACAACAACGUUUAGAAAUUGAACGACAACGUGAAGAAGAACGUCAACGUCAAUUAGAAAUCGAAGAAUAUGAACGUGAACAAGAACAAAUACGUCUUGUUGAAGAACAACGUCGUAUUGAACAAGAACGUUUACAACGUGCUAUUGAAGAACGUGAACGUGAAAAUGAAUUAAAACGACAAGAAGAACAACGUUUACAACAACAACGUGAAGAAUUAGAAAGAAAACAAGCCGAAGAAACUGAACGUCUUAAUCGUGAACGUCAAGAACGAGCAAAACGAGAAGAAGAAGAAAGAAUUGAAAGAAAAAAACGUUUAGAUUUAAUUAUGAGACGUACACGACAAGUUUCACCAACUUCAAAACAGGAAAAUAAUGCCAAUAAAAUUACUAUUGAUCAAACAAAUGGACAUAAUCAAACAAAUAAUAUUUCUUCUCCAACAAGCAUGAUCAAAUCUUCAAUACCUCAUUCCAUAUCGGAUAAUCGUUUUCCGACUUUAUCCAAUGAACAAUUCCUACUAAAUAAUGAUUCAAAUCCAUCAUCAACUAUAUCAUCUACUACUGAUAUACCAAAAUUUAAAUCUCCGUUGAUACAAAGCCUUCUGAAUAAAGCACGAAAUACACGAUCAACAGAUAAUUUGUCACAAACAAGUAUGACAGCAUCACAAAUAAUGACUGAAAGUAUGGUAGAUGAAUCAACAACAGCUGUAAAAUCUACAACUCCAACUGAUCUUUCCGAUGAUGAUCAUCAAGAAAAUUCAAAUAUUAAUAAUACAACUAAUGGUCAUACUGAUUUACAUUUAUCAUCUUCAACAAAUUUAAAUUCAUAUCAUGAUCGUCCGAUGGAAACAGCAACUGCUUUUCAAUAA